CCCUGGUUAAACAGCUGUGAAAAAACAGACACAAAAACAGACACAUCGACGACGACGACUUCAAUUUACGAAUUAGUUAAUUUUAUAAUUGUGCACACAAUGCUCGAGAACUGCCAGAGGCAUCACAUGGUCCUGGGCCUUGGCGCCCUCACCCUCGUCACCAUUUUAGUGCUGAUUGUGGAAUCCCGAUACGCAGCGGAGGGCAGCGUGGCACGACGUCGUAACCAGCAGUUUGUGAUUGAGAAUAAUUCGACGUGCUGGAAACACGAGCCCUACACCGUGGUCCAGGAGUGUCAUCCGUGCUCAGACUUUGACAUCGUCAGUCGCAGUCUGGGCGUUUGCAUACACACACACUACAAGGAGGUGUUGCGCUGUCAGAGUGGCGAAAUUGUGACGAAGAGCUGUGAUCGUGUGGCGUUAAUUGAGCAGCGCAACUUUCUCAAGUUCGAGCUGUUUACCUUUGUGAUGGGCGUAAUCACAUAUUUGGCAAGCUAUGCUCGGGAUCGUGUGCUCUCCCGCCGCAAUUAUAUGCGCAUCGAACGCCAGUUGAAUCGGGUGCAGUAACCCAUGAAGGUCAGGAGUAGGAUCAGGAAAACAAGGAUACUCAAAUCUCUCCCAAUUCACUGUGUACAUAUUUUGAACGUUUGUUUGUAAACGAAUUGCAUAUAAUUUAUUUAGGCAUUAAGUUAAGUACAAUUAAAUUCAUAUGACUAA